GCUUGAGCCAGACAACAUUUGUUGUAGUGUGUGCACAUGACACUCCGAUGAUGAUGCCAGCUGUUCGCAGCUCCACUAUUGAGCCCUCAGAUGGCCCCAGUGCCCCGCUGUCCCUUGAAUCCCUUCCCGACGAGCUUCUGCAACUUGUCGUAGUCUCGCUCUCCAGCGGCGACCUCAAGAACCUUGCCCUCGUCUCAAAAUGCACCUACUCGCACGCAAUAGCCCCUCUCUGGCAGAAUGUCUGUCUCAUCGACACGUGGAAGCUCCAUCUGAACGAGAAAACACGCGGCGUGUGGACAGAUCGGGGGCAGGGAGAGCCAGACGAGCACGACGACACCCCAAUCAUACAGAAACUUUACGUUCUGGCCCGGAACCCGUUCAUUGCGUCCAAGGUCCGAGUCCUGACCCAUCGCUGCCACCUUCCCACCCCCAGUAUUUAUGGUGAACUCCCUCGCAUGUAUUUCAAUGGCCCCAAUCUCUCCCGAGACGAACGUCUGCACAAGCUCCUUCGGUUAGCAAUACAGAACUUGGUCAACGUCCACACCCUCCGCAUCAUUUUCGGCCAUCUACAUGUAACUACGGGACUUUUGGAGGGAUUCUUCGAUCCUGUGCGGCCCCGGCGCAUACCACUUCGCAAACUCUGGCUCGAAAGCUGCUCUCCUUUGGGUGCAGCUCUCGCUUUUGAAGGGCCUGCCCGCACUCCGAAUGGAUUGGAGAGUGUUCGCAUCCGCCGGUUGAGGUUUGAAUCUUUCGAUGAGGAGACUAUGCGCGUGAUGAAAGGCUGGGAAUGGAGAUUGGGUCGUGGUGGGAGCAUUGCCCGUCUCCACAAUGGCGCUGGGGGCUUCUAUUCGUCCACAGUCGAGUUUAGUGGAGAUAAUCGUUCAUCACCCCUUCAGAAAUUCACUUCAGAUCAGCUAUACGCCAAGGCAAAGGAGCUCGACGAUGAGAUCUGGCAAGGCUUGCCGGAAGUUGAGAAAUUCAUCCAUAAAGAGAAUGAGCCUGCACAUUCACUGAGGGCACCUUCUACGACGCCGCUUCUACACGUCCUGGAUAUAUCUGCUUCGAGCUUGACUAAGUUAAAUCUAGAUUGGAUUCUCUGGCGCAAGGCUGAAGACGAAUCUGCGGAUGCCCUCGCUGUUACAAUAUUAAAUAGCCUGUCGAAGCUAAGGUUUCCCAACUUACGCGCCUUCCAAGUCCGCAAUGCCGUAGUCGCCCCAACUAGAUUGCCUUACGACAUGUAUCUUCUCGAUUCUGGCAUUCAUGGAACUCCGUUCUUGGACUUCCUCGAGGCUCAUCGAAAGAUUCAGUGCUUAGCUUGGCCUCUCGACAGGUUCUACUCCCAUGCCAAGUCAUCACAGGAGAUCUUAAUCCGAGCCUGCAAGCUAGUUGCACAUUUCGGGAACAUGCUAAUUGAUCUCCGUUUAGAUUGUUACUACUGCAGAGGAGAGACUUUCACAGACGAUAGUGUCGGUCUGGAGGAGGAGCAAGAACGCAUACGUCGAAGGCGAUUUAUCAGUGAAUUCGCCCCUUACUUGACCAAAGUCGAGCAGAUCAAGCUAGAAGGUGGCAUACCACGAGACGAGAAACGCGAGAUUCUCCGAGCGUUACACUAUUGUCCUCUGAAGAAAAUUGUCCUCAUCGGCGUAUCCUUCCCUGUUGGAAAUACAUGGGGCUUCCAUGGCGAAGAUUUGAAGGAAGGCGACGACUGGGAGUCCGAUACUGACUCACACAGCCAUCUCGAGGAAGAAGACAAAGCAGGCAUUCUCUGCACCUAUGCCACACGCCCCACAGUCAUCGAAAACUUCAAAUUCACCCCCUCAUUUGGAUGGCCAUCAGGAGUACCAUUCCUCCACACAAUCGCAGCCCACCACGCUUCGACCAUAACCGAGCUCAAAAUUUGUGGAUACUCGGGCUCUCCAAUUCUCUCAAGCCCUACACCCAUCACAAGACCACUCUUGUACAAUCUUCGCUGCUUUCACAAUCUAAAGCAGCUCGUCAUAUCCAUAUGGCUUCCAACUAUGUUUGAAGGUCGGAGACGUGAUGAAGACAUCAUACAGUCGUGGAUGGACACGCGUUCACCGUCAUCCACGGCCCUCGUCGUCGUCACGCCCCCUUCAUCCCCAACACCCCCACCUGUGGUCGCCCCAACUACCAUCCCCGAUGCCCCCUCCCCCGCUGCCCGCCCCCAAGAAUUCAACCGUUGGGCUGUCUGUCUCAAAACCCGCUACGCGCCUUCCGCACUCGCAUACCGUGUUGCUGGAGAUAUUGCUCCGCAUCUUAGCAACACUGCUAAAGAGCGCAAAGGUGGGGUGAGAGUUCGAGCUAGUUUCUGUCUUGGGAGAUGGGUUGACGAGAGGAGGCUUAGUGAUAUAUUUGAUUUAGACAUCAGAAUUGGGAAAGGUGGGCAAGUGCUUGAGUUUGUGGGACCGAGGGAGGAGGGCGAGAAGGGGAGGUGGUGGGAUAAACUAGAGUCGAGGAGGUGGUUUUAGUGAAUCACCCGGCUCUAGGUAAGGGACAUGUGCUUCAUUAUAGCCAUGUGCAGUUUCCUAGCUUCAUGUUGUUUUGGUGGGAGGGCUGUUGGAGGUCAAUUUCACUACGGCGUAGACUUAAGGGGUUUGAGGGUUUGAAGGUUAUUGUAAUGGGAUUAUUCAUGCGCAUCGGUUAUAGUGGCGGCUUUCUGUUUUCUGCCUUAAAUUUGCGCGGACGGCGCAGUACACAAUAAUCCCGAACGCAAUUGUACG